AUGGCUAACUCCAACCCGCACAUUGCUCAAACCCUGCUUCAUCGCGCCUUUUCUCCAUCGAAUGCAGAGUCGCAUUACCAGGAACGCGUUGUUCAGCGCCCUCUGUACGUACGCGCCACAUCCCCGACUCCAUCAGCGCGCGCCAUUCGCCGUCAAGCCCUCAACGAGCGUAAAGAAGCCGCUAGGAAGCGCAGCAAAAAUAAGCCUCGUCCACUCUCCGCCGCAAAAAAGCGGGCGCUGGGCCUCAAUGAGAUUCCAAAGGAGCAGCAAAAGUAUGCUAUCUACGAGGGACUACAUAAUCUCUGGGUAGGGUACAUGAGGGAAGUGCUGGGCGUGAAUGAUGCAUCAAAGGGCGUCAUGAUCACUCCAAAUGCAAGUGGCCAGAUUCUAGCGACCGCCGAUAUGCACGGUGCGCUGAUGACAGUGGUGAGGAGUCGGUGUGUGAGUCGUGUUGGGUUGGAAGGCAUAGUCGUACGUGACACUCGAUUUACCUUUGACCUCAUAACCAAGAACAACGUUAUCAAAUCUGUACCCAAGGAACACACCAUCUUCCGGUUUGAAGUGCCACUGCUGUCUAAGGAAGGAGAGCCACCCAAGAAACCACUAACUUUUGACAUCAACGCUGAGCAAUUUCAAACACGAGCGGCGGACCGCGCCAAUAAGAAAUUCAGGAUCCACUAUCAGCAGGAUAUAUGA